GAGAAGCAUCCCCAUGAAUCCUGGGGUUUUAUAUAAAGGCAAAGGCUAAGAAAUAGGACGCAAAGGGUACAAUCUUAUCAAUAUUGUUGAAUUUGAACACCAUCCUCAUAAUGUCUCAUUUCACAAAUUGGAAUCACUCCCAACUAAGCAAAAGCUUGAUGCCGUAUGACAACAUGAGAGCUCCCCGUGAGAGGAAGAGGGAAAACAAAAAGCAAGAAGACCUGCCUUCAGGCCAGACCUUGCCUCUUGGUCAAAUGCUGCAGAAGGGGGAAGAUGCACAGGUCGCUGAGGACACGACAAAGAAGUUAGGUGAUGACAAGGCUGCAGAGGAAGGCCUAAAUCCCAGCAAAGCAGAACCACAAAAGGACGGGAAGCUGCCACUCUCCCUGGGGCUUGUCUGCCCUCCACUAUUCUCCAACACGAGCGCCUCCAAAACCGUGGGACGAAGUUUGCAAUUAUCUCCUCCGCUAACAAAGAGCUUCCGACUGCAUGACGUACGUGUGGUCAGCCUGCCCCGACAGGGCCCUUUUCGGCAAUUCAUGGACAUGAAAGCAGAGAAGAGACUGGCGGGCAGGAAGGAGCGCCGCAGCCGCUUUGGAGACGCCGAGGUGCACAAGCGCUAUCAGUUUGGGGAGAUCUUCACCCCUUUCCAGGCCCUGGCCACCACGGAGAUGAGAAGAUUAGUGCCCCCCCGAGACCUGCCCAUGAGCUCACAUUUGCAGAGAAUGGGAAUUCCGUGCAGCACCGAAGGGGACCUCCAGGAUCUAUCCUUAUUAUCCACAGAGCUGAGCUUGGCAAAGGAAGACAGCAACCAUGAAAAAGGAAGACCUGCCGGCCACGUUAAAACACCUUUAUUCCCCCCAAUAGUUAAAGCAACAAAAUCCAAUGACACAAAGUAAUAAAAAUUGUGAAAGUUC